AUGGUCAAAAAACAACCUGCAUCUGGCAUACCCCAACCCGUGGGAAUCAAUUGCACCCAUCAACUGACGACUCAGCUCGAAGAAUUGUUUGAUGACAUGUCGUUCAGUGACGUCAUUUUCAAAGUCGGCGGUAGCGAAUUUCCCGCCCACAAAAUCAUAUUAGCCGCCAGAAGCGAAGUCUUUAAAGCCAUGUUCCAGCACGCUACCAAGGAGAAAUCGACCAAUCACGUUGAAAUUGACGACACCGAGCCGGAAAUAUUCAAGGAGCUCCUACGAUUUAUUUACACGGGACGUUUGACUGCUGCGACCAUGGAAAAAAUGGCCGUCAAACUGUUGGUGGUUGCAGAUAAAUACUUGUUGACGGAACUGAAAGCUGCCUGUGAAAGACAUUUAAUCACAUUAAUGUCUAUAGAAAAUUGUUUAGAAUUGCUUAUGCUGGAAGACGACUAUCACCACCCAGCGUAUGGACUGCGGGAAGAGGCAAUUAACUUCUUCCGGCUCCACCCAGCCGAAGUCAUUUUGACCGAUGGAUGGAAAAAGGCCAAACAAGAGAACCUGGCUCUACUUUUUGACGUUCAGGAAGUUGCUUUUUCCUCGCAACCUGACAACGAGUUCCGCGCAGCGAAAUGA